AUGUAUAUGGUUAGCGUGAGCUUACUUGUCAUAUAUCUAUCUCAUCUCAUAUAUAAAUUUUAUACUUUCAAUGAAAUAAUUGUCGACUUAAGUGACAAAAACUUUGACUUCAAGACGCGAUACAAACGGGAAGACCUGCCGCCCCAUUACCCCAACGGCUGGUUCUCUGUACUGGAGUCCCGGGAUUUGGGGGUCAAUCAAAUCAAACCCAUCUCCGCAUUUGGUGUGGAUUUAGUGGUUUACAGGGAACUGGCGGGUAAAGUGCAUGUCGUAGACGCCUAUUGUCCGCAUUUGGGCGCAAACCUAGGCAUCGGUGGCCGAGUUGUAGGCGAUUCAGUCCGCUGUCCCUUUCAUGGCUGGACUUUCAAUGGCGCCGUGCGGAUAAAAGUGUGGGAAUGUGUCGAAGAGAAUGGCUUUAUAUUUGUUUGGCAUCACUCGGACCACCAGAAACCCGACUGGUUUCCCAUACCUAUACCAGACAUACGCGACUCACGACUGGUCUACAGGGGAAGGGCUGAACAUCAUGUGAACUGCCAUUUCCAGGAAAUCCCUGAAAAUGGUGCUGACGUUCAGCAUCUGAAUGAAUUACAUGAGGGCCCGGAGUUCUUGGGGACAGUUGUGAAUCGGUCCAUGUUUUACGACUUUGUCGUUAAGUAUCUGCGCUACGACUGGACGGCCACUUGGGAGUCCUGUCCCGCACCCGACCCACACAUGGCUCACUUGGACCUGCGAUCCGUGUAUUCGCUGUUAGGCUUCCCGUUAAUGCCGAUCACGUUGGAUGUCCUACAGAUAGGGCCGGCGAUCGUGCACUUGAAGAUCAACUGUAAACUGUUGGGUGAUAUCAACGGCUAUAUUAUCCAAACGAUUACACCGUUGGCACCGCUGAGGAAUAGGAUUGUCCACCACUUCUACACUGAGCCCACGUUUAAGGCUUUUAUUUUCUCCAAGUUUAUGAUCUAUGGCGAGGCCAGGAUGGUGGAACGGGAUGUCGUGAUCUGGAAUCAUAAGAAGUUCCUAAAACAGCCCUAUUUUGCCAAACAUGAGACACCAUUAGUGAGGUUCAGGCGUUGGUUCACUCAGUUUUAUACCGAAAAGUGUCCCAAAGUGGAGGACUGGUAGUACGCCAUGAG